CGUCGCGGCGGGGGAGGACAACACAGCAGGCUUGGACUAUGUUUAGUCUUGGUUGUUUUAUGCUCACGUUUCGUCAUCGUCAUCGGAACACAGCUCUGCACUCGCCAGUCAUCGCCGAACUGCCUGUGGAACGACGUGCAGCCGUGUCGGUUCGCGGAACAGCACACAGUGUUUUGGUUGAUGAUCGUCGUCGCGAGCGCGCGCGUUGUUGGUCGUGAGCGUGGGUUCAGGAAGACCUGACUGACUGUCUGUUUGCGAGAGAGCGCGUGGUCGACGGCUCUCCGACGACGACCUAUCGUGUGGACCGCGCGCGCUGGAGGACCGUGUGGACUAGUAGGACAGGCCAGUAGAGUGUAGUCAUCGCGCCACCAACGACGAAGACACUACACACGGGGUGUGUGUAUGAUAUAACGUUUUUGGACGAACCUGGCACAUUAGAUGCCAACGGACUGUCGCGUAGUGUGGAUGUCAACGGGCGCUUCUUCUCGCUCGUCGGUUACGAGCGUUGGUCAGUACGGCGCCGGACAAGUGCAAUCUGGAACUACCUGGAACCAGUUGGAAUACCGCGGGCCACAUCAGAAAUCAAGUGUUGACGAACCCCUUCUUUAAAGAAGUCCUCGAAUAUCUCGGGAACGUGGAAGAUAACAUUGUAUCUUUGUAACCUAACCUGGAAAAAAAACAAAAAAAAACAAGAAUUCCGGAAGAUGCAGAUUGGGACGACCGUGGUGCCGGUUUGCGUGUGAAAGUGACACAAAAGGGGAAAACUGUCUUGGUGAGAGUUUUUUUCAUGUCAUCCCUCCCAAAAAAAAGGGCGCGAAAAAAUUUCCGUGAAUGAAAAGCCUACCCUGAAGUUAAUUGAGACAACGGAAAAAAACAACCGAGAACCGGCGCGCGCUAAUUGUGAAGACGUCUGGGAUCGUAAGGAAGUGAGACAAGAAAAAAAAGUUGAAAAAAAAAACAAAGAGAACGACCGGAAGCUGGAGAGAGAUCCGGAGUGUUUUUUUUUUUUGCGCUAUUGCUGUGUACGAAAGUGUGUUUUACUACGGCGUGGAAAAACCGUGAAAAACGUAAACAACAAGGAAGCGGGCGAACAAAAAAGUUUCGUGGAAAAAUCAGCUGAGCCGAGGUCGGGAAAACUCGCGGGAAAAAUCUUAAAGAAAAAAAAAACCGUCAAGUCUGUGUGCGUUUCUUUUAUUAGUGAAAUCAACACUGAGGAAAAAGUUGUGAAUUUAAGGACACCACGAGCCUCACGCGAAAAGAAAAAGGACGGCGACCGCGAGUUCGCCAAGCCACCCUCACACAACAAGCCUGCCAAAAUGAGAAUUAAAAUGCCAGCUGUUCGGAUCGCACAAGGUGAGGCUCGCAACGUUGGUAGCCUUAUAGCAGAUUAUUUCAACGCGAUUCUGUGCGAAAAAGAAGAUUCAGACACCGGCGAAUCCGAGGGUACUCAAGAUAUCCUAACAUGCGGGUCCUGUCAGAAAACGUUCGCCCUCUCCGACAUUGUGCGAUUCAUCCAGCACAAGGUGCUGCAGUGCAACAAGGAGAACUACGGCCAGUGCUACUCACAAGCCACCACCGGUGACCGGGACUCGGACGACGGGCGGCCACUCACGCUGGCCAACUCGCGGCGGCCCUCCAUCUCGGCUCCGAUCUCCUCCUCCCGGAAGGCGAGCGGGUCCCGGGUGCACACGCCCCCGCCGACCAGCCCCGCCGAACUGCUGCGCGACGGUGCGUCCAGCACGCCCAAGCGGCUCGGAGACGAACCCGAAAACAACGCCUCCUCCUCGUCCUCCUCCUCGCGCUGUCCGUCGAGUUCGAGCCCGCUGGGCACGACGACGAAUGCGCUCCAAAAGCCCGUCGAAAUCAAGCAGGAACGCCCGGACGCCGACGAUGACCUGGUCAACGGGGACGAACCCGUGCCGAAAAAGCCCCGCACCAUCAGCUCCGCCACCGACCGGACGGAGGACAACACGACCAGCAGCGAACCCAGCAACUACGUGUGCAGCACGUGCAAAACCAAAUACCAUUCGGCGUGGCGGCUGGUGCAGCAUGUCCAGCACGCCCACCGGGUGCAGAUCUACGAGGUUGUGUCACUGGUCGAUGACGAGGACGAUGACGCGUGUGACGAGCAGAUGCGGCAAGAGGAAGCCCAGGAGGUUGAGGAGGUUAGUAAGGUCCCGGAGGUCGUUGCGGAGCGACGCACCGAGGUGGAAGUUGAGUCGAAGCCGGUCGAGGCCAACGAGCCGGAAGCGCUGCUGGCGCAGAGUGGCAAGUCCAGCUCGAUGAACAACCUGAGCGGAAGCUCGAACUGUUCCAGCGGAAAUACGAGCGUGAGUUCGCGCGGCAGUGGCAUUAAUAUACUGCAGAGUCAGCUGCAGAUGCAGCAGCAGCAGGCCCAGCAACCUCCCCGUGAUUCCCAAAGUCUUCCACCACCCGGUCUGCGACACCAUCCGUUGCUUCCGCCGCCGGAAAUGCACGCGAACCCCUUCGGAUUGCUGCGCAUGCCCCCGACCAUGAACCACCAUCCGCACUCGCCCCUUUUCGGUGGUCACCGCGGUCACCACGACUUUCGCAUGGAACACCUCAUGUCCGAGCAGUUUCGCAACCAUGGUCUCAAUCUGGCAGCGGCUGCAGUCGCAGCGGCGAACCAGCUAAAGACCGUGGAGCGACCUCCUUCGCUACCCGGCGCCACCCCCGGAAUCGUCCUGGAACCGCACAUGGAUUUUUACUCGCAGCGCUUGCGACAACUCGCCGGCACGACCAGCCCCGGAACUAACCCCAACACCACCUCCAACUCGCCGAGUCCGCGCAAGCAGCAGCACUCGCCGCCGACGUCCUUUGCGAGUCCCUCCCCCUCCCAGCUUCCGCCCACCCCGUUGACCAACAACUCGCGACCUCAGAGCCUGACCCCGCCCGAGAAGCACACCGAGCUGGGUGGCCUCGAUACCGGAAGCAUUACGAACACCCCGCGAUCGGCGUCGACUCCCCCGAACAAGCAGACCCAGAACAGCGGUGAAUACUCGUGUGAGUUCUGCGGCAAGAAGUUUCGCUUCCAGAGCAAUCUGUUGGUGCAUCGUCGAACGCACACGGAGGAGCUGCCGUUCAAGUGCGGAAGUUGCGACUAUUCGUGCAUGGACGCGCUGAAGCUGAAGCAGCACAUGCGAGUUCAUGGGGACGGGGGUAGUGAUGAUGUGAUGAGCCAGCCGGAAUCGCUGGAGUCGGACAUGGACGAGGAUUCGGACGGCGAGCUGAUGGACGCCGAGGACAUUGAGGACAAUGACAACGAGGAUGACGACCAGGACGAUGCGUUGGGAGAGGAAGCGGAAGACCUGAGCAUGAGCAGUACGCAGAGUCACGCCAAGAAGGACGGCCACAUGCAGAUGUCGUCGUCGCUUGUCGGUGAACUGAUGGACAAGUUCGGUCUGUCGAACAUUGCCCAGUACUCGGAAGCGUACAAGCAAGCCCUGCAGGAGUCGGGAAACGCGCUCAAGCUGCAGCUGACCAGCAAAGACCGUGACAACAACAACAGCGCCAUCCCGAUUCCCGGACUGGCCGAGAAGUUGAACGGCCUGCCGGCGGCACUCCGCAUCAAGGAGGAACUCGCCAAGAACAUGCUGCAGCACCACAACCCCCAACUGCCACAAGUUCCUUUGUUCAACCCGUUCGAGAACCCCUUUGAAGCGUCGAAGCGCAUGAAGCUCGAAGGAGGUGAGAGCUGGUGGAACCUGCCCGGCCUGCACCGAAACGAGUCGCUGUUCGAGAACAUGAAGCCGAGCCGUGACCGCAGCGGACUCGUGCACCCCAUGAUGAAGAAGGAGAACAACAGGAAUCGCAACGACACGUGCGAGUACUGCGGCAAGGUGUUCAAGAACUGCUCCAACCUGACCGUCCACCGGCGCAGCCACACCGGCGAGAAACCCUACAAGUGCGAACUCUGCUCGUACGCGUGCGCCCAAAGCUCUAAACUCACCCGCCACAUGAAGACGCACGGCCGGCUCGGCAAGGACGUCUACCGGUGUCGCUUCUGCGAGAUGCCCUUCAGCGUGCCCUCCACCCUCGAGAAGCACAUGCGCAAGUGCGUCGUCAACCAGGGCAAACUCCAGCAGCAGCACGCGGCCCGCGAGCAGCAACGCGAACUCCAAGCCCAACAGCGCGAACUUCAACACCUCCAGCACCAGCAGCAACUUGCCGCCGCCCACCAGCAGCAGCUCGCAGCCCAGCAGCAGAUGCAAAUGGCCGCCCUCCAGCAACCCCCCCGGGAUCUCCAAAUGAUCCCACUUUCCUCACCUCCCCAACCCCCGUCCCAGCUGCUGCUACCUCCACUGCCACCCCCCAUCAUCUCCCUGUCGACCGAACAGCAGCACCCCUCGGAACAGCGACCCUCCUCCUCCAGCAGCAAUCCCGGCAGCGCCAACCCCACCCCGCUCAUCAAGGAGGAAGCGGCCACGGCAUGACUUUACCCACCUCCACCCCCGUCGUGGAGCGCCGGCCCCGGCCCAGCCGGCUACCAGAUGAUGAUGCCCCGCAUCGUCUACUAGAAAGGAACCCGGACGGAAGGUACGAGAUCAAUCCUUUCAACUCACACUUCGUCAAAACCGGGUCGUUCCGACCGAAAUCCCCCUCAACCCUGUGAUCAUAUUUCUCGAAAGCUUGGAAAAUUUCACUCACCUCUAAACCGUUCGCCACCGCUUUGUUUACAAACACGCGCGAAAAGUGACGUUUGACGAAGUUUGAGUUGGGGCAACCCAAAAUUGGGUUGCGUCGGGCUGCACGAUCUUCUAAGUUCCGUUCGCUUUACCUUUUCUUGUCGAACUGGGGCGCGGUCAUUAAUUACGCUCCAGUUUGGCGGUGAUUUUACACAAACACAUACACGCAGAAAUUAGAGGCAUUAAUACCAAAGUUUAAACGCAGCAGCGCGAGAAGACACAAUUUACUAGUGAAAGAUUUUUUAUUUCCCGAACUUUUUUUAUUACCUUGUACAUAUUAGCCGAUAAGUGAUAAAAACAGAAGCAUUUAAUUUAGUUAAUGAAAAUGAUAAAUUAUUUCCAAACCUCCCCUCACUUUUUGCGACAAGCGACGCGUAAAACUUGUACAUUCUUCCUUUUACACAUUAAGAGAAAACUAGUAGCGUUUAGAUCGAAAACACUGUCAAAUUCAAAACAUGAAAAACAAUAAAAAAAUUAAAAACGUAAAAAAAAUCAAAAUCGACCGUCACCGUGUCGAAGUUGUUGGCUCGAGGAAAGGCGACCCUAUUUCUUUCUGUUGAAUCCCUAUUUU